AUGACGUGGUGGUGGUUUAUGGAAGAACAGAGUAUUUAUGAAAUGGCUGAAGCAGGGAGGACGUUGCUGUACGUUGGUGAUCUUGAACCGACCGUGACGGAUUCUGUUCUGUUUGAUGCGUUUCAGAAGGAGAGUCGUGUGAGCUCUGUUCGCGUUUGCAGAGAUCCGAUCACCAGGAGAUCUCUUGGCUAUGGCUACGUUACCUUAGACUAUCCUCAUGAUGAUCCGUACGUUUCUCAGAAUCUUGAAGGCUCCAUCGAUCACAGAGGACUCUAUGAAACAUUUUGUAUGUUUGGAUCCAUUCUUAGAUUCAAAGUGGCUACUAAUGCCUCUGCUCAGUCAAAAGGCUCUGCCCUUGUGCAGUAUGACAAUGAAGAAUCAGCUCUCAAGGCCAUUGAUUAUAUGAAAGGAGUUCUUCUUAACGAAGAGGAAGUAUACGUAGAACCUUUCCUUCAGAGAGAUUAUCCAUGCGAAAAGGUGAUGUUCACUGAUGUUUAUGUCAAGAAUCUCUCCAAGUCUUUGACUGAUGAAGAGCUUAACACGGUUUUUCGAGAGUUUGGACCUACUACGAGCUGUGUGAUCAUAAGGGAAGGUGAAGUUCCUCAAGGAAUGUCUAAAGGUUAUGGCUUUGUUAAUUUUGAGAAUCCAGAGGAUGCAGAGAGAGCUGUUGAGGGUUUAAAUGGAAAGAAGUUUGGGGACAAGGAGUGGUUUGUAACGAAAUCGAAAAAGACAUAUCAGAGGGAAUCCGAACUGAAGCGAGGUUUGAAAAAGGCUAUCAACAGAGCUCAUGGUUUGAAUAACUUGUGUGUCACGAAACUGCCUAAAAGCGUAACUGAUGAAAUCCUCAAAGACUUUUUUUCUCUCUAUGGAACUGUAACAUCUUGCAAGGUUAUGCGAGACUCUAGUGGAGUGAGUAAAGGAUCAGGCUUUGUUGAGUUCUCCAAACCCGAGGAAGCUUCUAAAGCUAUGGAGGAGAUUAAUAGAGAAUUGAAUAUCAGAAAACAAGCUUAUGAGGAUCUAGCUACAUCACUUGCAAAUGCAACUCCAGAACAGCAGAGAACGAUGCUUGGUGAGAAACUUUACCCGAUAGUGGAACAACUCGAGCCAGAUUCAGCAGAAAAGAUCACAGGAACGCUUCUUGAAAUGGGCCAAACCAAAGUCAUUCACUUGCUCGAAUCCGUCGCUGCUCUCGAAUCCAAAGUCACAGAGGCAAUGGAGAUCCUGAGGAUUGUUGCAGAGCCAAAAUCUGGGUUUGGAUGA